GAUGAGCCAUAGUGGUGGCUUUAAAAGAGCAAUUUGUUUUGUUUCCAAACCAAUUGAGGAAAUGAAGUUAGUCAGGUCAUGUUGGAGUCAAAUUCAGUUUGUAGUAAGCUGGUCUUAGUAGGCAGAAUUCUACCAAUGAGUAACUUAGCCAUAGAGUCCUCGUGCUUGAGGACGGUGUGGGCUAGUUUUGGCGCAUUAAAACAAGGGCGGUUCGUGACACAACAGCCUAAAGCAUGUUUGGAAGGACUUACAGCCUUACAUUUGCAUUUUCAAAAGGUGCUCCACUCAAGACAUUUUAUAUGAUAGCCAGAACGCAUGGCUAAAACACGAACAGUGGGAGCACGCUUAUCGAUGGUGCUGCAAUUUUGAAGGCCACCCCUUGGUUAUGUUCUCAGAAGAAAAUGGUUUCGAAGACCACCUGGAGAAGCACCACUCCGAUACUUUUGAAAGCCAUCAACUUCACACUUUAGCAGACGCCAGCAAAAGGCCUCCUUUGGCGGCAUUUGGUAACUGCCCCUUCUGUGGAGCAGCGCCAGAGGAUUUGGUGAAAUCCGAUCAUGAUAUCUCCGUAAAUUUAGAUACGCAUAUGAUUAACGAGCGAGCCAAUAUAAAGACGAGGGAUUCGAGGUUCGUCACAAGCAAAGCAGUCGAGAAUUUACAGAGACAUGUUGCUAGCCAUCUCAGACAACGUGCUAUUAUGGCUCUUCCAAGCCGUGAUGAUCUAAGUUACAGCAAAUCUGUGCCCAGUACGGGUUGUGGACACUCCAAGAGCGAUAUAUUUGAUAUCUUCGACACUGAGAUCGAUGAGAUUGAGCCAUCGCCAUUUGUUGAAAUACAUGAGAGAUCAGCAGAUAUUCCAUUCAAAGACAAUACAUUUCUAUGGCGGGAAGUUUUUACCCAAAUUCCGGAAGACCAACGUGGCGGAGAUCUUAAGUUAAAUGAGUUUAUGAUUCAACCUACGUCAUUAACAACGCCGCAAGCUCCGCUGCUAGAUACGAACUCGUCUACGAGCAAAAGAAAGGACACAGAUCUCAGUACCGAAUGGUCCGAAUGGGUUUGGGAUGAUCGGCAGUUUUAGUGUGCUCACCGGACCAAUUCCACCGGACCAAUUCCACCGGAGCUCUAGAAUGCGAUUACAGAUAUCCUGUGCUCGAGAAUAAGCAAUCAACGAAUCGCUCACAGAUUGAGCUUGCUGAUCCUGUCUAUGUGACUUCGCGGAUGGAUAGUAUCGAUGAUCAUGGUCAUGAAACAACUCCAAAGUCAGCAUUAGUUUCUCCAGCCCUGGCUAACAGUUACUACAAGACUCCAGGGCCAGACUAUAGUGUAAGCACCAGUUUUUCAAACAGAGAUCCUUCUAAUGUACCAUGGCCGUCUCGAUAUUCCUCUACCAAUGAUACCCUGGUUUCUAGCAACACGUCAUGGGCACCAUCCAAAUAUUCGGCAUUAUCCGAGGACUCAACAAUAUCCAAUGAUUCGGUACCAUCCAGGUAUUCUGCACUGUCUAAGGAUUUGAUAUUGUCCAAGGAUUUGGCACCAUCUAUCAAAUCUACAGUAUGUAGGCCGCAAUCUAUGUCAAUAAUAACACCGCUAGCUCCUCCAAACGACGCGUUUGACGAUCAGGUAACGCACCAAGAAAAGUUAGAUGAAAGGUUCAAAUAUUGUGGAGGUCUUCCUACUCAACAUGAUUUCUGGAAAGUGGGUCGUGUAUUUAUGACGCUAUGGACAGAGCUAGCACGUCCUCUAGUCGAAGGAACACGGAAUGACUCCCACUUUAUCGCCACUCUUCUUGGAAACAGCGCUUACAGUGAGAUCCGACGAUUCGUUGUGAUUAUAAAUGGCUAUGAAAAGUCUCUCGACACUUCGCAAAGGGGAAAUUUAUCUGCAACGAAUUUCACUAUCA